AUGCAGAAAUGGUUCAAAAAUCGAUGGAAGAGUGAUUGGGAAUCCAGGUCAAAGCAUGUGAUGGUCCCGUCUAUCACGGUAGAGGAGGCAUGUUUUGAUGAUAUGCCCCGGAUAUGGUCAUGUUUCUGCCGAGCUAGACUGACUUGCGCAGUAAUCAAGGUAUCGGAUUACAAAUAUGAUCUAACGGGUAUUCAUCUGAUGCAUCGCUCAGACAGCUCUCUUUACUUCCCAAAAGAUCCAGAUAUCGCGAGAAUUGGGGUUAAAGUCAAGCUCGGUGCUGACCACUCCCGAGAUAAAAAGACAAGCUUAGACAGUGAUAUCUUCACUGAAUUCUGGGCCGCGAGUAUGGGAAGACAGCCACCGCAUUACAAAGGAAACGUACAUGGGUUUAUUGUCCAUGCUCAUUGCUGGGCUCUUCUCAACCGAGUUCUAGGAGCAACGCCGAGACCGACUGAGAUCAGACUCAAGAAACUCAUUCUGUCUUCACGAAAGUAUUGGCGGAAUCAAAAAUUACAUGGAUUGGAAGAUUACAAUUUUCAUCAAAGCAUCGCUAAUCAGGCACGGGCGCCACAAUAUGAACACGGCUGUGAUAUUUAUCAAAAUCCACUUGUUAUACCGGCACUGCAAGAAGUAAUUACUCGCGAAAAGACCCGGGCAGCGAAGGAUCGAAUUCGUCCUGGCCUUAGCAAGUUUCCCAUGGAGAUCAACAUCUUGAUUUCUGAAUGGGUUUGCCCAGUUGACUGCACUUUAGAGGAUAUUACAGACAUGCGCAAUAUGCUUCUCGCAUUUCAGUGGAGAUUGCCUGACUGGUUCUGGCGAAGGCGGCUCAAUAUAAAUGAAAAUCUAAUUUUCGAGCUAGACAUUCUCAGAAAGUCCGGCUCUCCAGUGGACUGGCAGAUAUUGAAACUUGGUUUGAUGGGUCUUCAUUUAGAUCCAAAAUGGUAUUCUAGGAGUGGUCUUCCGAAUCGAGAACGUAUAAUCAGAAAUAUACUUGCUAUCAAGGACUUGGGCGUUAGCUAG